UUAAUUUUUGAGGUUAUAAUUUCAAAUCACAUUUAAAUUUGCAUGUACUUGGCUCUGUUUGUUUUCAUAUUAAGUUGCAAUCAUUAAAAUAUUAUGUUGUAGUAUUCGUUAGUUAUUUUAAUUUAACAAUAAUAAAUUACACUAAUUGCUAACACGUAUUAAUCUUACAUUCGGGAACAACGAUGGCUUUACCAAAAAAAAGGAAACAGUCGAAGAGGUUGUUAUGUCGUACCAAAUACAAGGUAGCAAAAAAAGUACGCGAGCACAAUCGAAAAAAGAGGCGAGAGGAAAAGAAAAAUCCAAAAAAGAAAACAAAAAAUAGUAUGAUUAUUGCUCCAAAUAUGUGUCCAUUCAAAGAAGAAAUAAUUGAGCAACUUAAUGAAACAAAAAGAAAAGAAAGAGAAAUAAGAAUGGCGAAUUUUGCUGCCAUGGACAGUAUACCACAAAAUGAAAAGAAGAAAACAUCAGCUUUACCAUUUAGGCAAAAGUGGCUCGAGAAAGAAACUAGAGAAGAUAGAUAUGCUAAUAAAGAUUACAAUAGAAUAAUUUCAAUGUGUGAUGUAGUUUUAGAAGUACUAGACAUUAGGGAUCCAUUAGCAACUCGCUCAAAAGAAAUUGAAGAAUGCUUUGCAGAAAAUCCCGAUAAAAAACGAAUUAUUUUGUUAAACAAAAUUGAUUUAGUUCCAAAAUCAGUGGUAUCCGGUUGGGUAGAUUAUUUUAGUAAAAUAGCCCCAACGAUUCCAUUCAGAGCUAGUCGAGAAGUAAGAAAUACACCCAAGACCAGCGCUAAAGAUCCAAAUUUCUUAGCCAGAAUCAAAAAGAAAGAAGCUAAUAAAUGUUUUGGAGAAACCAUUGUUUGGAACUAUUUACUUAACGCUGUCAACGCGCCAAUCUUGGGGAUAACAGUGGGAGUUGUUGGCAUGCCUAAAGUAGGAAAGUCUUGUGUUGUAGAUACUCUCAAGUGGAAAUAUACCAGUGGCGAUGAGCCUGUGCCCUCAAAAAAAACUCAGGAAGUAGGCGUGUAUCCAUUCAGUGAUGCCAAAAUUGAGCUACUUCCCUGGAGUUGUAUUGGUGCAAAAACAGUGUUGGAUAAACCUGGCGAUGGCCGUUUAUUAUUGAAACAUGCUUUGGAUGUUGAGUUACAAAAUGUAGUACCUACCAAAAUAUGCGCUCUUAUACUGCCAUACAUAAAUAAAAAUCAGUUGAAAUUAAUGUAUGAUAUAAACGUGGAAAAUACUCAAGAUUAUACUGAGGUACUUAAAGUCAAGGCAAAACGAAAUAGUUUAAUUAAUAGACAUGGUAAACCUGAUCAACAGAAUGCUGCUAAAACUUUCAUGAAAGAUCUUAAAGAUGGAAAACUACUCUGUUACACAAGAGCACCAGCCAGUGAUCCAAUAGGAACACUGAUGUCACCAGACCAAGAAACAAAGGUUAAAAUUGAAGGCAUGUAUGCAAGGAUUAACAAAGAGCUUUCCCACUGUAGAGAUAGACCACGAACAAUUUUUUUUGAUAUGACAGACUCGUGUUGAUAUUUUAUUACAUGCAAUUAUAUUAUUUGUUUAAAGAUGAA